UUCUCUCUCCUCGAUGCAUUUGCGCAUCGGCUUAAUUCGCCCUUCUUGCAUGAACAGCAUUUUGGUCAUCAGGGUGGCUACCAUGACAAUGUAGAACCCGUAGAAAAGUACAUUAGAAUGCCGUCCUCCUAUGAAAUUUCCCUUGCCGUCGACUACAAACCAGAAAAGGCCCUCCAGUUUGUGUUGAGCUACCUGAAACUUCGAGGACCCUUCAUCCAAUGGAGGAUGCGUGAGGACUCCAAAGUGGAAUCGAGUCGUCACCAAACCGAUAAAUCUGAGGCGCUUCCAUCGCCUCAUGUCCAGCUUAUGAGGCCGUCUCAGCCACUUCUCGUCACGAUAUCUGCCCCACAGCCUCAACAAACACUUUUCAGUUCAGCAGCCCAUUUGUCACGUUGA